AUGGAUUCAAAAUAUACUUCAAUGGGUAUAGAAAAUGGAGCAAAAACAAAUGGAGUCAAAAGAAAAAAUGGAGUUGAACACAUAAAAGUGAAGAAGAUAAAGUUAGCAAAUGAAGGAACUGUAGCUCAUAAUAUUAAAGUUGAAACAAACGGACAUAACAAUAACAAUGUGCAUGAAAAUAAGAUUGUAAAUGAAAAACCACAAGACUUGCAAGAAGCACGGAGACAACUGCCUGUUUAUAUGGUUCGAAACAGGUUGCUUGAAGAGAUAAAGAAACAUGAUACAAUGAUAUUGAUUGGUGAGACAGGCAGUGGUAAAACAACACAGAUCCCGCAGUUGAUACAUGAGCAGCGCCUUGAAGGAGCUGGGGCUAUAGCAGUGACCCAGCCUCGUAGGGUGGCUGCAAUCACUAUAGCUCUUAGAGUUGCAGCAGAAAUGAAUACUGAGAUAGGAUCCAUUGUUGGGUAUUCAGUAAGAUUUGAAGAUGUGACUAGUCCAAGAACUAAAGUGAAGUAUAUGACAGAUGGUAUGUUGCUUAGAGAAGCGAUAUUGGACCCCUUGUUGAAGAAGUACUCUAUAGUUGUUCUAGAUGAAGCCCAUGAGCGCACAGUGAGCACUGAUGUGUUAUUUGGUAUUGUGAAACUAGCUCAAAAGGAGAGAAACGAAAAGAAAUUAAAUCCCCUCAAGGUAAUUGUAAUGUCUGCAACAAUGGAUGUUGAUUCUUUUAAGAAGUACUUCAACAACUGUCCAGUAAUAUAUUUAGAAGGUAGAACAUACCCAGUCACCAUUUAUCACUCAAAAAUGAAGCAAGAAGACUAUCAGUAUGCUGCUGUUUGUACCAUAUUUCAACUUCAUGCCACUGCACCUGCAAACCACGAUUUUCUUGUUUUUCUAACGGGACAAGAAGAAAUUGAAACAGUAAUGUACAAUAUCAAGCAAAUAGCUAAGGAAGCGACAGGUCCACCUAUCAGGGUAUGCCCACUGUACGCGGGGCUCCCGCCGGCCAAACAGCUGCAGGUGUGGCGGGACGCGCCGCCCGGGACCAGGAAGAUCAUACUGGCUACCAACAUAGCAGAGGCAUCGGUUACCAUACCACGUAUCCAGUGCGUUAUCGACACUGGAGUUGUGAAAGAAAGAACAUGGUCGGGUGGUACUGGCGCGGAGCGGUUGUCGGUGCGCGCGACGUCGCAGGCGGCGUGCUGGCAGCGCGCCGGCCGCGCCGGCCGGACACAGGCCGGCGCUGCAUACAGACUCUAUACCGCCGCCGACUUCAGAGCUAGACCCAUGCAUCAGACCCCGGAGAUACUAAGGUGUCCUCUGGCAUCAACUAUGUUGCUUCUAAUAGCGGCGGGAGUUGAACCCAGCACGUUUCCAUUGAUAGACACGCCACCGCCGGAUUCUGUUAAAGCUUCAUUAAGCUUACUGAAAGAAUUAGGUGCUAUUGACAGUGAGGUGAAUCCUAAAUUGACCGUCAUUGGUAAAAAGAUGUCGACUUUCCCAAUUGAACCUAAAUAUUCCAAAGUUUUACUAUGUGCGCCAGAGUACAACUGUUUGGAUGAGGCUCUCAGCUUAAUAGCAGUGUUAUCAAGUGAAAACGUGUUUCAUACACCUAUGCACAAGAGGGAGGAAGCUAUAAAAAUGAAACAAAAGUUCUUGUCGCCACUGGGAGACCACAUCACUUUGUUGAAUGUGUUCAAAGCAUUCAGUAAAGCUCCUUUGAAAAAGCAAUGGUGUAAAGAAAAUUAUUUGAAUCACAAGAACUUGACGUAUGCGUGCGAGGUUCGACAACAGUUGCUCGCGAUCUGCUUGAAAUUAAAUAUGACUGUCACCAGCUGUGGACAGGCUUAUGACCAGGUACUUAAAUGUUUGCUAUGCGGUUUGUUUACGAACUGCGCGUGGCAGCGCGGCGGCGCGGGCGGGGCGCGGGCGGCGGGGCGGUACGUGACGGCGGCGGGCGCGGCGGCGGCGCUGCACCCCGCGUCGGCGCUGCAGGCGCUGCGCCCGCCGCCGCCCGCGCUGCUCUACUCCGAGCUGCUGGUGACGGGCCGCAGCUACAUGCUCACGGUGUCCGCCAUACAGCCGCAGUGGCUGCAACAAGUCGCGCCCGAGUACGCGCGUCGCUGCCGCGCCAAUCGGUGA